AUGAAAAACUUUUAUUAUUUUAUAUUAAUUUUAUUAUUUUUUAAUGAAGUUUGCUAUUCAUUAAAAGAUGGUGAAAUUAAACUUCAUUUAAUUCCACAUUCACAUUGUGAUUCUGGAUGGACAUCAACAAUGAACGAAUAUUAUAUGGGUCAAGUUAAAAGUAUUAUAUCAUCAAUGGUUCAAUCAUUAAAUGUUGAAUCAAAUCCACCUAGAAAAUUUGUUUGGUCUGAAAUUGGAUUUUUAGAACAAUGGUGGGAUGAUAUGCCAAUUGAAAUUAAAAAUGAUUUUAUAAAACAUGUUAAAAAUGAUAGAAUUGAAUUUGUAAAUGGUGGAUGGGUAAUGAAUGAUGAAGCAUGUGCAAGUUUAGAAAGUGUAAUUAGACAAUUAUCAAAUGGACAUAAAUUUAUUAGAGAGAAAUUUGGAAAACAACCAGAGAGUGGAUGGCAAAUUGAUCCAUUUGGACAUUCAUCAUUGACACCAACAUUACAAGCUCAAUUUGGUUAUAAACAUGUUGUAUUGAAUCGUAUUCACUAUGAAUUGAAAAAGAAAUUUAAAGAAGAAAAGAAUUUACAAUUUAAAUGGAGAGGUAGUCCAGAAGGUGUUGGACCAAAAUCAGAUAUAUUAGCUCAUGUUUUCGAUGAUUUCUAUACAAGUCCACCACAUAUGAGUUUUGAUGGUUACAAUUUCCUUGCCUAUGGUUUACCAAGAUUAACAAUGGAAAUGAUUGAAUUGGCACGUAAUCGUUCAGUAUUUUAUAAAUCUCCACAUGUUUUAAUUCCAAUGGGUGGUGAUUUCGCUUUUAAAAAUGCUUACAAAUCAUUUGAACAAAUGGAUCAAUUAGUUGCAAGUAUCAAUGGUCAACAUGCAAAUGGUGAAUCCAAUGUGAUCUGUCAGUAUAGUACAUUGGCUGAUUUCUUUUCCGAUACUAUCAAUUGGCAUAAUGAAAAUAAAGUUUCAUUCAAUUAUUAUGAUUCUGAUUUCUUUCCAUAUGCUGAUGAUUCAAAUACCUAUUGGACUGGUUAUUAUACAUCUAGACCAUUGCUUAAAGGUUAUGAAAGACAUGUUUCUUCAAAGUUAAGAUCUGCUGAAAUUUUAUCAGCACUUCAAAACGAUGAAAAAUAUUAUCCAAACCAAUUGUUAAAUGCUUCUAAACAAGUUUCAAUUCUUCAACAUCAUGAUGCAAUUAGUGGUACAAGUAAAAAACAUGUUGUUCAAGAUUAUUUUUCACGUUUACAAAAAGCUGAUAUUUUAGUUAGUGAACAAUCUGAAAAAUUAUUAGCAAGUGCACUUUCUCAACAUUCACCAACUAAAUUGGAUAUCAUUGAUAUUGGUGGUUCUUUAAAUUUUCCAAAAAAUAAUGAUGCAAUCUCUUUUAUUUUAUUUAAUCAAUUAUCUUGGUCAAAAGAAGAAUUAAUUUCAAUUAAAGUUCAAUCGGUUGGUGAUCAUGGUGAAUCUUUGAAUUCACCAACAAAUAAUGCUUGUCCAUAUGUUUUGGCUCAAGAAGAUUUUUUAAAUGAAAUUGAAAUUGAUUGUAGUCCAAGAAGUGAUUUUAAAAGUGAUCAAUCUGAUGAUCAUAAAGAAUUCAUUCAAAUUGAUUUCCCUGCAAAAUUAAAACCAUUCUCAAGCAAACUUUAUUAUUUAAAAAGAAAAUCAAAUCCAAAUAAAUCAAAUUGGGUAUUACCAAAAACUAAUCAUUUCAAUUCAAUUGAAAAUUCAAUUUAUACUGCAAAUUUAGAUGAAAAUUAUCUUAUUAAAUCUUUAAAAUCAAAAUCAUCUCGACAUGGUGGUGGUGCUAAUCAAAUUACUGAAAUUAAUCAACAACUUUUAACUUAUUCAGAUAUUGGUGGUGCUUAUAUUUUCCGUACAAAUAAACAAGUUUUUCAACCACCAAGACAAGUUUAUUCAACUUUUACUUAUAUUGGUAAAUUUUAUCAAGAAGCUCAAAGUAUAUUACAAGAUACUCAUCAAAUUUCAAAUAGAAAUGGUUAUUAUUAUUAUUAUGGUAAUAAUCAACAACAACAACAACAACAACAAACUAUUUCAACAUUUAAUUAUAACAGUAUUAAAUUAAUUAAUACUGGUAAUGAAAUGAUUGAUAAAAAGAUUAAUUUCAAUUUUCAUAUUAGAGGUAUAAAUGGUACAACAACCAUUAAUAGAUUUACAACUGAUAUUGAUAAUAAUCGUGAAUUAUAUAGUGAUAAUGGUUUAGAGAUGAUGCAUAGAAAAUCAAUUUCAUCACAAUCAGUUGAAGUUGGUAGAGAAACUCAAAGUUAUUAUCCAACUAUUAAUUCAGUUUAUAUCGAAUCUCAAAGUACUGGAAAAAGAUUUGUUUGUAAUAAUGAUAGAUCAAGAGGUGUUUCAAGUCAAGGUCAAGGUUGCUUGGAAAUGGCAUUACAUAGAAGUUUAACUUAUGAAGAUGGUAAAGGUUUAGAAAUUCCUGCAAUUGAUGAAUCCUCAAUUAAUGCACGUUUUGAAUGUUAUUUAGAUGAAGUACCAUCAAAUUCACAACAAUCGAAUGGUGGUGGUGGUGGUGAUGAUAUUAGAAAACAAUCAAUUAAUUAUCAACAUAAAUUCCAAAUUUAUCAAGGUCAAGAUUCUUCUUAUAUGUCUUCAAAAUCUUUUAUGUUAAAACCAUUACCAGAGUUUAUUCAUAUUCUAUCAAUGGAAAGAUCUGGUCCUCGUUCAAUUAAAUUAAGAAUUCAUAAUAUUGAAAAUAAUAAUCAAUCUCCAAUCACUUUUGAUUUAAAUGGCUUAUUCUCUUUUAUCAAAUCAAUUAAAUCAAUUAAAGAAUAUAAUUUAUCUUUAAUCAAUAGAUUCGUUGAUAAUAAUAUUGAUAAUAUUAUUUCUUCUCAUCGUUCAAUUGUUGGAAAAAAUCUUUUCCCUAUUAAAGAUACUCCAACUCGUUUCAACCCAAUUAAUACAAAACAAACUAAAAUUACCUUAUAUCCAUCAGAAAUUAAAGCAAUUGAAAUUACUUAUCAUUAA